AUGUGGCGUCAAGGUGAAGUCCCGCAAGAUUUCAAAGACGCGACCAUCGUGCAUCUCUACAAGCGAAAAGAGAACCGCCAAGUCUGCGACAAUCACCGCGGCAUCUCCUUGCUGAACAUCGCCGGGAAGAUCUUAGCUCGCAUCCUCCUCAGCCGUCUGAACAAUAAUCUGGAACAGCGCCUUCUGCUGGAAACCCAGUGCGGCUUCCGUCGUCAUCGUGGGACCACGGAUAUGAUAUUCACCGCCUGUCAACUUCAGGAGAAGUGCCAGGAGAUGCGGACCCACCUGUACUCUACCUUCGUGGACCUGACGAAAGCCUUCGAUGCGGUGAAUCGUGAAGGACUGUGGAAGAUCAUGCAGAAAUUCGGCUGUCCGGAGCGAUUCAUUCAGAUGGCGCGUCAGCUGCACGACGGUAUGAUGGCGCGAGUCACGGACAACGGAGCUGUCUCAGAGGCAUUCGCAGUGACCAACGGAGUGAAGCAGGGAUGCGUGCUGGCGCCUACCCUCUUCAGUCUUAUGUUCUCUGCCAUGCUGAUGGACGCCUACCGCGACGAACGCCCCGGGAUCCGCAUCGCCUACAGGACGGACGGUCACCUGCUGAAUCAACGGCGGAUGCACUUCCAAUCGCGCGUAUCCACAACCACCGUUCACGAACUCCUCUUCGCCGACGACUGCACCCUGAACACCACCUCGGAAGCGGAGAUGAAACGAAACAUGGACCUGUUCUUCGCCGCCUGCGAGAACUUCGGUCUGGUCGUCAACACGCAGAAGACGGUGGUCAUGCAUCAACCGCAACUUAACACAGCCGCUCCUCCCAACGCUCCGCAUAUUAGCGUGAACAGAACCCAACUGCAAGUGGUGGAGAACUUCCCGUCUCUGGGCAGCACCCUCUCCCGUAACAACAAGAUUGAUGACGAAGUCGCCAACAGGAUCUCGAAAGCCAGUCAAGCCUUCGGCCGCCUCCAAAGCACGGUUUGGAACCGUCAUAUUCUCAAACUGAGCACGAAGCUGAAGAACUACAAGGCCGUCAUCCUGCUGACGCUGUUGUACGCAGCAAGGACCUGGACGGUGUACACAAAGCAGGCACACCGACUGAACCACUUCCACCUCAGUUGUCUCCGUCGCAUCCUGAGGCUGAACUGGCAGGACCGCGUCCCCGACACUGAUGUGCUGGAAUGGACCGAAAUCCUCAGCCUCUACACCAUGCUGAGACAAAUGCAGCUGCGAUGGAGCGGCCACCUGGUGCGCGUGGACGAAGAGCGACUACGCAAACGACUCUUCUACGGAGACGUCGCGACGGGUUCUCGCCGCCAAGGAGGCCAAAUUCACCGAUACAGAGAUACGCUGAAGUCCUCCCUGAAGCGCCUGAAAAUAAUCCCAACCAACUGGGAAGAGCUCGCCCGGGAUCGACCGAUCUGGAGGAGAACAGUGAAGACGGCGCUGCUAUCUACGAAGCCAACCGCAUCGCCCCCGCCAAAUCGAAACAAAAAGCCCGCAAAUCACAAAUGCGCCCAGUCCGCAACGCCGACGCACAACCGCUACCAACGUGUCCUCGAUGUCAACGGACAUUCCGAGCUCAAAUCGGACUUGUUGGACAUCUUCGGAUCAACUGAACCUCUCGGACUGCAUCAAACGCCGUCCCUCCACCCGCCUCUUCCUUGA